GUGCCAACAAUUCCAAAAACCAGCGACUUGCUGAUCUCAACUUGCAAAUGUCAAAAAACAACCCGUAAAGCUCUCAUAAUACUACUGCAGUCCUAUUAAAAAUGAUAUUCGAUGCAUUCUCUCACUUCAUGUACCUCAAUAUUCAGAAAUGGCAUCCUCAUUAUAAAUCUGGGGUACCUAGUCGGCGAUCUUCCCCAUCCCGGCUGUCAGUGGCUUGACAUUGAAGGCCGUUGUUACCCCAUCUAUUCCCGGGAACAAUACUUGAUCUACAACUCGGAUUUGGGCCAGCAUCAUAGGCAGGAGCACUGGGUGAUGCAUUUGACGAUAUGUACGUGCUCAAGACGACAUCUACUGCAACCCAAGCUGUUUGCCGUAUGGAAGGUUCCGUUUACAUUUCUCUUCUUUGUUUGUUUUGCGAGUGCCGAACCUCAUGGACGCCGUCACAUCUGAAAACCUCGACUCCAAGCACAUUGCAGGACAAUAUAAGAUCGCUCCCUGAUGCAGAGCUUGCCAAGGUGUUCUCUUGGUAGCAGCAGUA